GAAAAAAAAAAAAUUGCCGUGUUCUACCGGCUGUAACCGGUAAUUCCGGUAUCUUUGAAGAGCACUAGAUUCGUGCGCUCUUUCUUUCUUUCUUUCCUUUUCUUUUCUUUCAUUUUCAUUUCAUAUCUCCUUUCCCUCUCUCCCAGCUUUCUUUUCAGUUUUCACAGCUAAAAACACCUUUUCAGCUCUGAUCCGAGUCGGAGACCGAUUCGGAUUCCGAUUCCGAUUCAACUCGGUCUCUCUUUUCUCUAGGCUCUUCUUCUCCCAAAUCAGAAAAUGUCUCGAGCUGAGGAACUGUGGGAGCGGUUAGUCCGUGCUGCCUUAAGGAGGGAAAGGACAGGGACAGAUGCAUUUGGGCAUCCUGUUACUGGAAUUGCUGGAUAUGUUCCAUCUUCAUUAGCAAACAAUAGAGAUAUUGAUGAGAUUCUGAGAGCUGCAGAUGAAAUUCAAGAUGAAGAUCCCAAUGUUUCUAGAAUCUUAUGUGAGCAUGCUUAUUCACUUGCUCAAAAUCUGGAUCCUAAUAGUGAAGGAAGAGGUGUCUUACAAUUCAAGACUGGACUGAUGUCAGUCAUCAAGCAAAAACUGGCCAAGAAGGAGGUUGGAACCAUAGAUAGGAGUCGAGACAUUGAGCUCUUGCAAGAGUUCUACAAAAUGUAUAGAGAGAAGAAUAGUGUAGACGAGCUACGAGAGGAAGAAAUGAAGUUGAGGGAGUCUGGUGCUUUCAGUGGAAACCUUGGCGAGUUGGAACGGAAGACAGUUAAAAGGAAAAGAAUAUUUGCAACUUUGAAAGUUUUAGGGAAAGUGCUGGGACAGUUGACUAAGGAAAUUCCUGAAGAGCUUAAACGGGUGAUGGAAGCUGAUGCAGAAAUGACAGAAGAUUUAAUUGCUUAUAACAUUAUCCCAUUGGAUGGCCGUACCUUAACAAAUGCCAUUGUGAAUAUGCCCGAGGUGCAAGCAGCAGUGUCAGCUUUAAAGUAUCACAGGGGUCUAGCAAAAUUGCCUGUGGAUUUUCCUAUUCCUGCAACAAGGAAUUCUGAUAUGCUUGAUUUUCUGCACUAUAUAUUUGGAUUUCAGAAGGACAAUGUUUCUAACCAGCGGGAACAUAUAAUUCAUCUCCUUGCAAAUGGGCAAUCUCGGCUUGGUAUUCCUGAAGAAUCUGAACCGAUAUUGGAUGAGGCUGCUGUGCAGGAGGUAUUUCUUAAGUCCCUUGACAAUUACAUUAAAUGGUGUAACUACUUGUGCAUCCAGCCAGUUUGGAGCAGCUUGGAAGCUGUUAACAAGGAAAAGAAAUUACUAUUUGUUUCUUUGUACUUUCUGAUAUGGGGCGAAGCAGCCAACAUUAGAUUUCUUCCAGAAUGCUUGUGUUACAUAUUUCAUCAUAUGGCAAGGGAAAUGGAUGAGAUUUUGAGGCAGGAGAUUGCACAGCCAGCUAUGAGUUGCAAUUCUGAAAAUGGUGUGUCAUUUCUUGAUCAAGUCAUCUCUCCUUUGUAUGAGGUUGUCUCUGCGGAAGCUGCUAACAAUGCUAAUGGACGAGCACCUCAUUCUUCCUGGAGAAACUAUGAUGAUUUUAACGAGUACUUCUGGUCACUUCAUUGCUUUGAACUUAGUUGGCCAUGGCGUAAAAUUUCGUCAUUUUUCCAAAAGCCACAACGGAGAUCAAAGAACAUGCUUGCAUGUGGGGGAAGUCUGCGUCGAGGGAAAACUUCAUUUGUUGAGCACCGGACAUUUCUUCAUCUUUAUCAUAGUUUUCACCGUCUCUGGAUCUUUCUUGCUAUGAUGUUUCAGGCUCUCACAAUCCUUGCAUUCAAUGAUCGACAUUUUAAUGCCAAAAUGUUACGGGAAGUUCUUAGUGUUGGUCCAACAUUUGUGGUGAUGAAGUUCUUUGAGAGUGUUUUGGACAUUCUUAUGAUGUAUGGUGCAUAUUCUACAUCGCGACGCAUGGCUGUUUCUCGAAUUUUUCUCCGUUUUAUAUGGUUUGGUGUUGCUUCAGUCUUCAUAUGUCUCCUUUAUGUGAAAGCUCUCCAGGAAGAGAGUAAACCCAAUGCAGAUUCAGUUAUUUUCAAACUGUAUUCUAUUGUAAUCGGCAUCUAUGCUGGCAUCCAGUUUUUCAUUAGUUUCCUCUUGCGAAUACCUACGUUCCACCUUCUAACUAAUCAAUGUGAUCGCUGGCCUUUAAUACGCUUUGUGAAGUGGAUGCGUCAGGAACGGUAUUAUGUUGGACGAGGCAUGUUUGAGAGGCCUACUGAUUUUAUCAAGUAUAUGUUCUUUUGGCUUGUUGUUUUGUGUGGAAAGUUUUCGUUUGCCUACUUUCUCCAGAUCCAGCCAUUGGUGAAACCCACAAGGGCCAUAGUAGAUAUGAAUGAUAUAUCAUAUUCUUGGCAUGAUUUUGUAUCUAAGAAUAACCAUAACGCAUUGGCAGUUGCUAGCUUAUGGGGUCCAGUGGUUGCUAUCUAUCUCUUAGACAUCUAUUUGUUUUACACUAUUGUAUCUGCUGUUUGGGGAUUCUUGCUAGGGGCGAGAGAUCGUCUUGGCGAGAUUAGGUCACUGGAAGCACUUCACAAACUUUUUGAGCAAUUUCCCGGAGCUUUUAUGAACAAUCUUCACGUUCCUCUACCCAACAGGACUCGUCACUCUUCUUCCAGCCAGGAUGUGGAGAAGAACAAGGUUGAUGCUGCUCGAUUUGCUCCCUUUUGGAAUGAGAUCAUAAAAAAUCUAAGGGAAGAAGAUUAUAUUACUAACUUCGAAAUGGAGUUGCUUCUUAUGCCAAAAAAUUCUGGAGAUCUGCCCAUGGUUCAGAUGCCCCUUUUUCUUCUUGCUAGCAAGAUAUUUCUGGCUAAAGAUACUGCUGUGGAGACUAGAGAUUCUUCACAAGAUGAGCUCUGGGAAAGGAUCUCAAGGGAUGACUAUAUGAAGUAUGCUGUUCAGGAGUGCUAUCACACGAUUAAGCUUAUCUUGACUGAAAUAUUGGAUGGUGAAGGCAGGAUGUGGGUUGAAAGAGUAUUUGAAGAUAUUCAAAGAAGUAUUGAAGACAGGAAAAUUCAUCUUAACUUUCAUCUCAGUAAGCUGCCGCUUGUGAUUUCCAGAGUCACUGCACUAACGGGAAUUUUGAAAGGGGCAGAAACACCAGAGAUGGAAAACGGUGCCGUUAAGGCUGUUCAAGAUCUGUAUGAUGUCGUGCGGCAUGAUGUCCUUUCUAUUGACAUGAGGGAUCACUAUGAAACCUGGAAUAUAUUGUCAAAAGCAAGGACUGAAGGUCGUCUUUUUGCAAAAUUGAAGUGGCCCAAAGAUGCGGAGUUGAGAGCACUAGUUAAAAGAUUGCAUUCAUUGUUGACUAUCAAAGAUUCGGCUGCAAAUAUUCCAAAAAAUCUUGAGGCCAGGCGUAGGCUGGAGUUCUUUACAAAUUCCCUUUUCAUGGAGAUGCCAAAACCUAAGCCAGUGCGUAAGACGUUGCCAUUCAGUGUGUUCACUCCAUAUUAUUCUGAGACUGUGCUUUAUAGUGUGACUGAACUCCAAAAGAAAAAUGAGGAUGGGAUAUCGGUUUUAUUUUAUCUCCAGAAAAUAUAUCCAGAUGAAUGGAGGAACUUUCUUGCUCGAAUUGGUUGGGAUGAAAAUACGCCGGACUCUGUUAUUUGGGAUAGUCCUAAUGAGACCCUUGAACUUCGAUUUUGGGCCUCCUACAGGGGACAAACAUUGGCCAGAACUGUUCGUGGGAUGAUGUACUAUAGAAAAGCUCUUAUGCUACAGACUUAUUUAGAAAGGACAACUACUGAAGAUUUGGAGGCUGCAGUUUCUAAUAAUGAUGCAACUGAAACUCAAGGUUUUGAGCUAUCUCCUGAAGCACGGGCUCAGGCAGAUCUUAAGUUUACAUAUGUUGUUACAUGUCAAAUAUAUGGAAAACAGAAAGAGGAACAAAAACCUGAGGCUGCUGAUAUUGCAUUGCUUAUGCAAAGGAAUGAAGCUCUUCGAGUUGCUUUUAUCGAUGUUGUUGAAACUUCAAAAGAUGGAAAAGCAUACACAGAAUUCUACUCAAAGCUUGUGAAGGCUGAUAUCAAUGGGCAAGAUAAGGAGAUAUACUCCAUAAAAUUGCCUGGAAAUCCAAAACUUGGUGAAGGAAAACCGGAGAACCAAAACCAUGCAAUCAUAUUUACUCGUGGAAAUGCAGUUCAGACAAUUGACAUGAAUCAGGAUAAUUAUUUUGAGGAAGCCUUGAAGAUGAGAAAUCUUCUUGAAGAAUUUAGUUCUGAUCAUGGUAUUCGUCCUCCUACUAUUCUUGGUGUCAGGGAACAUGUAUUUACUGGAAGUGUCUCUUCUCUAGCUUCAUUCAUGUCAAAUCAGGAAGGUAGUUUUGUGACUAUGGGUCAACGUGUUUUGGCAAAUCCAUUAAAGAUUCGUAUGCAUUAUGGCCAUCCGGAUGUUUUUGACAGAGUUUUCCACAUAACGAGGGGUGGUAUUAGCAAGGCCUCUCGUGUUAUCAAUAUUAGUGAAGAUAUCUUUGCAGGAUUCAAUUCAACUUUACGCCAAGGAAAUAUUACUCAUCAUGAGUAUAUCCAGGUUGGAAAAGGAAGAGAUGUUGGGCUCAAUCAGAUUGCUCUAUUUGAAGGGAAGGUUGCUGGUGGUAAUGGUGAACAAGUUCUUAGUCGUGAUGUAUACAGGCUUGGGCAGCUCCUUGAUUUCUUUAGGAUGAUGUCAUUUUACUAUACCACUGUUGGAUACUACGUUUGUACUAUGCUAACGGUGCUGACUGUAUACGCUUUCCUUUAUGGGAGGGCAUAUUUGGCACUAUCUGGAGUUGGUGAAGCCAUUGAAGAGAGAGCUCAGAUAUUGCAGAACACUGCCCUGAGUGCUGCUUUAAACACACAGUUCCUCUUUCAAAUUGGUAUUUUCACUGCCGUGCCAAUGAUUUUGGGUUUCAUCUUGGAGCAGGGUUUCUUAAAGGCCAUUGUCAGUUUUGUCACAAUGCAGUUUCAGCUUUGUACCAUAUUCUUUACAUUCUCUCUGGGCACGAGAACUCAUUACUUUGGUCGGACUAUUCUUCAUGGUGGUGCUGGGUACAAAGCAACUGGUAGGGGAUUUGUUGUCCGCCAUAUCAAAUUUGCCGAGAACUACAGGCUUUACUCCCGCAGUCAUUUUGUUAAAGGAUUUGAAGUUGUGCUUUUGUUGAUAGUGUACCUAGCAUAUGGAUAUAAUGAUGGUGGUGCAAUUGGGUACAUUCUUCUUUCAAUUAGCAGUUGGUUUAUGGCUCUUUCAUGGCUUUUUGCUCCCUAUUUGUUCAAUCCGUCUGGGUUUGAGUGGCAGAAAGUUGUAGAGGAUUUCAAAGAUUGGACAAAUUGGCUUCUUUACAGAGGUGGAAUUGGAGUGAAGGGAGAAGAAAGCUGGGAAGCUUGGUGGGAUGAAGAGCUGAUACAUAUUCGGACAUUGGGAGGAAGAAUAGCUGAAACUAUUCUGAGUCUAAGAUUUUUUAUCUUCCAGUAUGGCAUUGUAUACAAGCUGCAUCUGCAAGGAUCAGAUACAUCAUUGACGGUGUAUGGCCUGUCAUGGAUCGUGCUAGCUGUGCUCAUAAUUCUUUUCAAGGUUUUCACAUUCAGCCAAAAGAUCUCAGUCAAUUUCCAGCUUUUGUUGCGCUUCAUCCAAGGCCUCUCCUUCUUGUUGGCAAUUGCUGGUUUAGCUGUCGCAGUUGCUUUAACAAAUUUGUCAAUCCCUGACAUAUUUGCAUGCAUCUUAGCAUUUGUUCCCACUGGAUGGGGAAUCCUUUCUAUUGCUGCAGCUUGGAAGCCAAUUGUGAAAAAGGUGGGAUUAUGGAAAUCAAUUCGUUCACUUGCACGUUUAUAUGAUGCGGGGAUGGGGAUGCUGAUAUUCAUUCCUGUUGCUUUCUCUUCAUGGUUUCCGUUUGUAUCAACAUUCCAAACCCGCCUCAUGUUUAACCAGGCUUUCAGCCGUGGGUUGGAAAUCUCUCUUAUCCUUGCUGGAAACAACCCCAACACCGAGUUAUGAUGACCAACUCUGAUCCUGUACAUAUAUUAUAAUUGUAAAAGGGGGGAAAUUCUGUCUCAAAGUUCCUUGUCAAAAUUUUUUGAUGUAGCAAACCCUAAUGUGCAUGUAUUUGAUAUAGCUUGUGUAGAGGCAUUUGAAUAGCAGUAUUUUUCUUAAUGGUAAUAUAUGUCACAUCAUUUUGGUCAUUCAA